CCAUAUAAUUACUUACUCUUAUUCAUAACCUUGUUAUUAAAUAUUAUCUCAAUUUGUUUUGGAGUUGUUUUGGAGACGUUAGAAGUCGGUUUUUGUGUUUUCUAACGUGAUUAAUUCAUUAACUGUUUUUAAACUAUAUUUAUUGCAUUCUACAGGCUCUCCGCAUCGCCGCUGCAGCGUGAGGAACUCGAUGCCUUUAAGGAAGAAUCGGUGCCGUCACCUGCCAUGUACUUAGAAUGCGGCGGCAGUGGUUCGCCCACACCUCGUGGCAACGAAGCGUCCCGUAAGCGAAUAGCCCAGUCGCAAUCGUCGCAAUCGCAGGCAGGAGGUGAUGCCCCUUUGGCGAAACGGUCCUUAAUACCAUCUUCAUCCACCUCAUCGCGUCCUCUUCGUGAAGAUGGGAUAAGUUAUCAGGUGAACUAUGGCAGCGAAGAGGAGACCGAUGAUGACGUUGAUGAAGACGAAAUCGGGCCCCUCAACAACCGCGAAAUCAGUCGGGUAGCCCGAGCUUACAUGGGGCUGGACGACGAUGAAGUGAGCGAAAUUGACACGACUGUAUGUCUUUCAUGGCCUCCUCCUCCUCUUUCGUCUCCUUCUCCACUUCCCUCAACUUCCAAUCCUUCUCUUCCAGACCUAGAAAAAUUUAAUUUUAACUGGAGCGCGUUUCCGCAACUUCAGGUUGCACCAGACCUGAGGAGGGAGCCAUUCUCCGACAUCAAUUGUGGACCCACUGUUCCAAUUGCGAGCCCGUAUGAUGCAUUUACUGCCAUAUGGGAUCGCAGCAUUAUGGAAUACAUCGCUGACGAGACCAAUGCCUAUGCUCAGCAGAAUGUUGCGUUAGACGAAAGUCUUACGAUGUGGAAAGGCUGGUUAGACAUUAAUCAGUUUAUCCGCAAUAAGGCGGCUGCAGUCGGCAUUAAAACAUACGAGAAUGUUGAUACUACUGGUGUCGUCUACCACCGGCUCGGGAACUAA